GUCGACCAUAGAAAACGGUAACAAACGGCUGUGAAUUCACAUUCGGAUUAAAUUCUACACAUUUUCCGUUGGAUUACGCAAACCUUAAUCGAAACAUCGUUAGUGGAUUAUAUUCAAAUUGAGUGAAUUAAGUGAAUUUCUGGCCGAUCUGUAACCUUUAGAUACACAGUGCGCUCGUCCAAGAUGAAGUGGUGGAUUUUAGUGAUUGCGUUGAGUAUAUGCGUUGAACUGAUCAUUGCGAAAAGCUCCGAUAAAACAUAUCCGAAAAAAGUGAAAAAUCGAAAACCCACAAAAGGUCCCAAAACCAUUCUUGAUGAAUUCUCAUCACUAUCAGAAGAUGACAAGGAAUUUAUCAAAGAAUUGGAUAAACAAUUCAAAAUGCAUGGGGAUGUAGUCAAAAUUAAAGUGGAACGUGAUAAUUCAACUGUAAAGAAUCCAAAGAGAACAGUUGAUAGUGAAUUAGGGUACGGAAACCAAAAUAGCAUAGCCCAACAACGAUUUCAAUUUUCCAAGCCAACCUUCCAAUUUUUCCCAUACUCCCAGCAAACCGUUCCAAUCCCCAAUGGGUUCAACGGGGCCAAUAAUGGAUUUUACCACAGCAGCGUCCAAAUUCAACCAUCACGAGCUUAUGAAAUCAAAGAAACCCCUGGCGGCUACAAAACUUACACCCCGAAUAACCAACCAUUCCGACCCCCAUUCACCCCCAAACCGACAAUCAUUCCAUCAAGUUUUUCCACAGGAGCUUUCUCCUCCACAAAAUUCCCACCAACUCCAGCAUACUCCUCUACUCCUACUUAUUCGCCUGCACCAUAUCCUUCUCCUACUUAUCCUGGUUUCCAACCUGUGCAACAACAACAAAAAGUUUUCUAUCAAGGCCAACAACAAAUUUCUGAACCGGUUAUAGUUCUCAGAAUUCCAGGUCCGGCUAAAUAUGCCGCUCAUUUGCAAUCUCUGUUGCAACGAUAUCUGGAAAUUCGUGCUGCUCAGUACAUUAAGGCUUUCGAGGAGCACGAGGCAAGAGUUGCGCAACAGCAGGCUUUAUUCCGCCAACAGCAUCAGCAUUACCCCGAAGCCCAACCAGAAGCCCAGCAUCCUUUAAUUCAAACCACUGAUUACUAUAAACCGGCCACCAAAUUUAUGGUAGGCGCUCCUCUUCCUACACCAGCACUUCAACCUCAAUUUGCUCCUUCACCAAACCCACACAUCCAACAUCAUCAAAUUUAUUCGGCACCCGUAAGUCCCCUUCAAAGACCCCACCUCUUCCCAGCUCAUCCAAUCCAACAGCCCAAACAAUUGUCAAUCCAAUAUCAACAGCCUCAGAUUCCUAACUAUCAAGUUCCAAAGGCUCAAUUCCAACAAUUCAUUGUUCAACAAGUUCCUACCAUUCAUGGCUCAUUGGGACAAAAUGUCCAACAAUCAUCACAAGAAGAAGAAGUAGUUCAAAUCGGAGGACGUGGACCUCAAGAAUACUUAGCUCCAAAAGCACAAGAACAACAGGUACAACCUCAGCAACAACCAACUCAGGAAUAUCUCCAACCACAACCACAAGGCAAGGAGUAUGCUGAAGAGGAUGCCCAACCUGCACAGGAGAUUGUCAAUAUCCCAGCUAAACAGCCCAGUUUGACCUUCUCAGCCACUCAAAAACCAGCGGAAUUUUCAUUGACCAACAUUCUUCAGAACCAAUUCUUUGCAGGCAAAAAUGGUCCUGCAAAUAAUCUGGCAAAAUAUUCUUCACAACAGCCUGGUGCUGCUGAAAACUCAGAAGAAGUCGACGAUCAACCUGAAAUUCCUGAAGCCCGCCACACUCCAGUUUAUUCUGAUAAUCCCAAUGCCGAAGGAGUUCAUGAAGACGAAAACCACCAGCUAUUCUCCUAUGAUCAGCAGCCACAAGGUCCACCUCCCCAACAAGUACAACGUCCGCAUAAGGUUUAUGGACCACCUAAUGAGCAAGAGGAAUCAAACCUUCCUAUCACUGAGAACAGUCCCCGCCCAACUCACACUCGGAUUCGCUUCAACGAUAAUGGAAAUUCAGAUGACCAUUCAUCAGUAUAUCCUCUCCCACCUAUUCCAAGUGCCAGUUCCAAGUUUGAUUAUGAAAAGCAGCAGCAAUCGCAAGCAGCUUACGAAACUGUUGAACAAGAAGGUUAUGGGACCGAAGAGCCUGUACUAGCGAUCACGCAGAAACAACGUGGGAACACUUUCAGUGGUUAUAACUCACACUCCCUCCUGAACACCGACUUUCAAGGAGAUGCUCCAUACACUCAAUCACAGUUCAAGAAAUUGAAUGACCUUAUCAACAGGCUCAAACAGCGAUCUCCAGCAAUCCUUCCAGCGGUGUCAACGCAAGAACCAGCCACUAAUGAUGACUAAAAAGCGCAUUGUAUAGAGUUAGUUAUGGAUAUGUAGUUAUAUUAGACUACACUUCAGUCAGUUUUAUUAGUUAGGAAUGUCUUUUAUUAAGUUGUAUCAUAUAGUCUGGUGCACUUGAAGAAGUACGAUGAUGGGUUGACAAAAAAGCGGAAAUGGGGCUGAUUCGCUCCAUAAAAUUCCUUAGUUUGUCUUCACUACUGCAUCCCUAGUCUCAAGAAGAAUGUAAACAAAGCUCUCUCAGAGCUAUCUGCAUUACAUAGCAGGUCCUUUGACCCCUCGGUAUCGGCAAAGCAGAUCGUCAGCUUACUCCUCCAAAUGCAUCAAGUUCUCAUCCCUGUCACAUGUGCAAUAAAAUACAUAGACCUAGAUAGCAUUAAAUGUAUGUACAUCGCCAAAAUGCUGUGCAACUACCUUACAUUGCCAUUAUUUUAAUGAAAUUGUUAAAGCUAAUUAUUAUAAAUUAAAUAAUAAAAUAAAGGAAAAAUUAAUACAAAAUGUGGUAAAACA